CUGUCCGCUGCCACCCUGGCGCUGCGCUGCAUGGACGGUGUUUUCCUCUCGCCCAACGAGGAUGAGUUCGUGGGCAGGAUCGCGGAGGAGCUGGAGCACUUCAUGCUGCAGGGGCAGCACCACAGAGUGCUCCUGUUCCCCCCUCUGUCCAGUCGCCUCAGGUACCUGAUCCAUCGGACCGUGGACAACGUGGAUUUGUUGAGCAGCUUUUCUGUGGGAGAAGGAUGGAGGAGGAGGACGGUCAUCUGUCACUCGGCCGUCAGGCUGCCCAGUGAGACUGGCGACCAGAAACCCAGCAGCAACCCGCCGAGACCGCAGCGACCUCCGCAGCCGUGGGGCCGUGGGGCCCGAGGCGGCAGGCUGCGGUACGUCCCCAAGGCGAUGCGCAAGAAGGCAGAAUGGGGGGAGCAGGAGAGCCCGGUGGCGGCCGGCACCGAGUCAGGUGGGGAUAUGGCACAAGAAGAAGAGAUCUGCCCUAAAGCUUCAGUCGGGGACGCCCAGGAGGAGCUGGGUAAGUCUGAAGGCAGCCCAGGUGGUGUCUCCUUGGCCCUUGGCAAGCAACAGGAGCCUGGCGAAGAGUGCGUUUCAGGAAAAAGUAAUGAUGACACAAACGACGAACGUCCUCCGAGCUGUACGGAUGUCCCGUCGUUAGAGAACAGUAACGAUUUCUCUGGGCAGGAAAGUCAGGAUAAAGACUGUUCAGAUUCCUUUUCUUCUGUACACAAUAAAAACCCAAUUGAAGCAGAAGAGCAAGAUCAGAGCUGCGAUAACACUGUUAUACCAGAAGGUAGCAAAAUCCUGUGCCAGCUGCAAGCUGAAGGCCAAAACAGCCAGGAUGCCGGUGUAGCGGAGUGCAGCAAAAACUCCUCCCUAUCAGAAAGUCGCAGCAGUAACUGCUGUACAGACCCAGCUGCAGCAGAGUCGAGUGCGACGUCGCUGGUGCUGGAAAACCAAGAUAAGAGCUGCGCUGCUGCCAAGAGCCUGGAGAGCGGCGGAAACGUGUCACCGCCCGAAGAACAGGGCAAGGACUUUGUGAGCGCCGGCACAGGGGAGGGAGGCAAGAGUUUCUCCGAACUGGAAAGCCAAGAUCAAGAGUGCCCCAGCGUUGCCCAGGUGGGGCGUAACCAGAACCCCCCAGAAGCCCAAAAUGAGCCUCUGGCCACGCCUGAACCAGUCCAUGGUGCCGACCCAUCAGCUUCUGCGGAGCAGAAUGAGCGCUGGGUGGAUGCUCCUGUGCAGAACCGCAGUGGGAAGGUGCCCGUGGCCGAAGAGGAGGACAAGGAGCGUUCGGGCUUGGCCGAGGCACUGUGGCGUGAGCUGCAUUUGUCUGCAGGCGAUAAAGAGGAGAGCGCGGCCAUCCGCGGGCAGAGCAGCCUCGAGGACGACUGUACCGCGGAGCUCUUCGCAGAGAUUGUGGGUUAUUUAACGGUGAAGGACGUAAGCGUUGAGAAGAUCAGCUUUGAUUAUUCCAGUUACGGAGACGCGCAGCUCAGCGAGGGGGAUUUUGGCCACGUAACCGAAAUCUAUGACUUCUCCCCGUCGCUGAAAACGGAGCACCUGUUAGAAGUGUUCUCGGAUUUCCAUGAGAGUGGUUUCAAAAUCCAGUGGGUCGAUGAUACGCACGCCCUGGGAAUCUUCUCCAGCCUGUCUACAGCAUCUCAAGCCCUGGGGCGACGUUAUCCUUCUUUAAAGAUCCGACCACUGAUCCAUGCAACAAAGCAGUCUAAGAUCAAGGCACUUCAACGACCAAAGCUCCUUCACCUUGCGAAAGAAAGGCCCCAGACUGACACUGCAGUGGCGAAGAGGCUGGUGACCCGGGCUUUGGGUUUGAAGCACAAGCAGCAGGGCGUCUCGGGCACCGAAGCGCUCCUGCCGGAAAGCUUGGACCAGGAGGAAUAGACCGUCUCGGCUAGAAAAGAUGUAUAGAUGAGCAUGGCUGUGAUAUUAAAACUGCAUGCAGAACAGUGAGUUGCCACGGGGAUGUUCU